CUCACAUACACACACACACACACUCUCACACACACAAACACACACACACACUCAGUGAGUCCGGUGUCUCCGGUGAGGACCGCCGCUCCGCUCCCUGCUGGCUCCACACCCCGAGUCUGAGCGCGUCUCUUCGGCUUGAGAGCAGCAGCAGCAGCAGCAGCAGCAGUAACACGUCCGGACCGGGGAUCGAACCAGGCUGUAGCGUUGAUCCGAGCACCAGCGGGGGGACAUGGCCGAUGGAAGUUUCAACGAGUCGUCCACCGCGGACGUAGCGAAUCGCUUCGCCCGCAAAGGAGCUCUGAGGCAGAAAAACGUCCACGAGGUGAAGAACCACAAAUUCAUCGCUCGGUUCUUCAAGCAGCCGACUUUCUGCAGCCACUGCACCGACUUCAUCUGGGGAUUUGGAAAACAAGGAUUCCAGUGCCAAGUUUGCUGUUUCGUGGUCCACAAGAGGUGCCAUGAACUGGUCACGUUCUGCUGCCCGGGGGCAGAUAAAGGGCCCGACACAGACGAUCCCAGAACGAAACACAAGUUUAAGAUCCACACCUAUGGGAGCCCCACCUUCUGUGACCACUGUGGCUCUCUGCUCUAUGGCCUCAUCCACCAGGGCAUGAAAUGUGACACCUGUGACAUGAACGUCCAUAAUCAGUGUGUUAUGAAUGUGCCCAGCAUGUGUGGAACCGAUCACACCGAAAGGAGGGGGCGUGUUUACCUCAAGUGCGAGGUCAGCAUGGACAAGCUGCAGGUCACAGUGGGCGAAGGUAAAAACCUGAUCCCCAUGGACCCCAACGGCCUGUCUGACCCGUAUGUCAAGCUGAAGCUCAUACCAGACCCCAAAAAUGAGACCAAGCAGAAGACCAAAACCAUCCGCUCCAACCUCAACCCCAAAUGGAACGAGACCUUUAAGUUCAAGCUGAAACCUACAGAUAAGGACCGCAGGCUGUCGGUGGAGGUGUGGGACUGGGACCGGACCACCAGGAAUGACUUCAUGGGAGCCCUUUCUUUCGGAGUGUCCGAGCUCAUGAAGUCUCCAGUCUGUGGCUGGUAUAAGUUGUUGUGCCAGGAGGAGGGGGAAUACUACAACGUUCCCAUCUCAGAGGAGGAUGAUGGUAAUGAGGAACUGAGACAGAAAUUUGAGGACCAAGCAGUUGUGGAAGACUCUGAUCAGAAAGCCAAACUAGGACCAGGUAAGAAGGUGAUUGACGAAACGGAUGACACCACCUCCGGCCAGCUGCCGUUCAACAGCCUGGACCAUGUCAAACUCGCCGACUUCUCCUUCCUGGCUGUGCUGGGGAAGGGCAGCUUUGGCAAGGUCAUGCUGGCAGAGAUGAAGGCCACUGAAGAGCUGUACGCCAUCAAGAUCCUGAAGAAGGACGUGGUGAUCCAGGAUGACGACGUGGAAUGUACCAUGGUGGAGAAGAGAGUCCUGGCCCAACAGGACAAGCCGCCCUUCCUCACACAGCUCCACUCGUGCUUCCAGACUGUGGAUCGUCUCUACUUUGUCAUGGAGUAUGUGAAUGGGGGAGACCUCAUGUACCACAUCCAACAAGUGGGGAAGUUCAAGGAACCUCAGGCAGUGUUCUAUGCAGCAGAGAUCGCUGUUGGUCUCUUCUUCCUGCACAUUAAAGGAAUCAUCUACAGGGAUCUGAAGUUGGACAAUGUGAUGCUGGACUGUGAGGGCCACAUUAAGAUCGCAGACUUUGGCAUGUGCAAAGAGAAAAUGUCAGAGGGAGUCACUACGCGCACCUUCUGCGGCACUCCAGACUACAUAGCCCCAGAGAUCAUCGCAUAUCAACCAUAUGGACGCUCUGUUGACUGGUGGGCAUACGGAGUGCUGCUCUACGAAAUGCUUGCAGGACAGCCUCCAUUCGAUGGCGAGGAUGAAGAUGAGUUGUUCCAAUCUAUAAUGGAGCACAACGUGUCAUACCCCAAGUCCAUGUCCAAAGAAGCUGUCUCCAUCUGCAAAGGGCUGAUGACCAAGCACCCGUCCAAGCGUCUGGGCUGCAGCAAUGAGGCAGAGCGGGACAUCAGAGAGCAUGCCUUCUUCAGACGCAUCGACUGGGAACGCCUCCAGAACCGGGAGAUACAGCCGCCCUUCAAGCCCAAAGUGGGCUCCAGUUCCAUUAAUAAGUGUGGCAAAGGAGCAGAGAACUUUGACAAGUUCUUCACACGCACUCAGACCCAGCUCACACCAUCAGAUGAGCUGGUCAUCGCCAACAUCGACCAGGCCGAGUUUUCAGGGUUCUCGUUCAUCAACCCGCAGUUUGCACAUCCGACGCUCAGCAGCACCGAAUGAGAAGGAUGAGGGAAACAUCCCUGAAGGAUCUCCCUGCUUACUGCCAACCACUUAAACCAACCACCAAUCCAACAUCUGACCACAACUUGAUCAAGGCCCAAUUUGUGUAUUUGUUCUGUUCAAAAACAGGAAUUUAAGACAUGCAAAUUUGAUCUGUACAAAUAUCUUUGCCAGUAUAGUUUAUAUAGAUAAGAUUGUAUCUGGCCACCACAAGAAAGGAUUUCCUUUAGCUUCAUGAUGGAAAUGUAUAACCUGCAGGUUACAUUGAAGGUUUUCCACAACUGGAGCAACUGAGACAGAAGAAUGUCCGGCUUUAUUUGUCUAUGCCAGUAUAUGAUUCAUUUAAGAUACGGUAGCAUUUAAGGCGUGGAUUAUUCUGUGCACAAAUUCAUCCUUACAAAUCUCAAAAGAUGAUCAUUAUAAUCUGCAGAUCUAGUUGGUGGUUUACAGUUUGAUUCUAUGUGGAUAAUCAUAACAUUCUCGAUAUGACUGUAUGUGAUGAGUGGAAAAAGUCCCAUAUAAUGCAGUGUAGUAGACGCUAUAGCCAAAUAUGAAGGACAGGGGGUGCAGGUGUUGAAACAGCACCUUGUGAUUCAAUGUUUUUUCCUGAUUCAAUGUUUACAGUUUUCUUCCCCUUUGAUUUCAUGGUGAUGGUGUAAAAAUCUUUACUUUUAGCACAAGUUGAUUCCUGCUAGUCUCAUUUUUAACUCUGCGUAGCAAAUCAACUAAAGAGUGAAUGGAGUAAUAUUUAAAUGAUAAGCAGUCUGUAAUAGAAAAGCAAAUAUUUGAGAAACAUAGGUCUCAAAGUGUCAGUCAGUUUUAGUUUAUCAAAAAUAAUCAGUGAAAAUAAUGAUUCAUAAAUUUAGUUCCUAGCCCUCGCUGAGCUGCAGACUUUACACUUACAUUAUCAAUAGUUUUAUUGACACUAUGUGGACACACAAGCAACAUUAAUCAGUUUAGUAUGUGGACAGUGGCGAUUCAUACCAUAAGAAAUCAAACCUAAAAAGUUUACAGUUUGUCCUGUUAACACUAGUGAGUGUUCCUCUUGUCCCUCUCUGCCCACGACGACAGAAUCCUACUUACGAUCAUAAAUGUGUGAUGAAAACCCUCCCGCACACUGUGUUACUUGCAGUGCUAUAAUUAUUUGUGAUAUAAAUAUUAUUAUUAUUCUCUUUAUCAGAAACCAUAUGCCUGAAGAAGAUCUAGCACCAAAAUAUCACAAGAAUCUGCAAGUAAGAUCGUGUGCAGGAGUGUUUACAACAACAUUUUGUCCACUUAACCCUUUUCACCUGUCACGCAAUAGAUGUGCGAUGGAUGUUUCUGUUUUCAAUCAGAAAUGUCUUAACAGAAUCAGUACAAGACAUUUUGUUGAACACUUAUUAUAAUUUUGUUCUAGGAUAUUACAAUAUUAUUGUGUAUUAACCAUGCAACGUUUUCUUGCAUACAGUAUCAUGACAUCAAGCGUCGAUGAAACUCAUUAGUCACAUUUCUUGGACACGGAAGUUGCAAAUCAAAAACUACUUUAGUUGUUUUGUUCCCUCAUUAUGUUGACAUAAUCAUUAAUACAAUAGUUAAAAAUGAACCUUUAACCUUUAAUCUUUUAGUCUCAUGUCGAUUAGUUUUGAAUCUCCUCACACAUAUAUUUCCAUUAGAUCAGAUGAAUAUUUUAAUCUGUCCAAUAUCAAUGUAAAACUCCUUUGUAAAUAAUCAUGAGUUAUUUAAAAAAAGAGUAUAAGAAGUUAGUUUUUAUACCAACACCUGAAUGUGCUUUUAUUACAUUAAUUAGACAAACCAUGAUUUGUAUGUGCACGAAAUAAUAAUAAUAAUUAAACAACUGCAAAGGUAACACAGUACAAAUCAACCUUUGAACAACUGGAUGUCUUAAAUAAAGUCCAGAUUUAGCAAGCUGUAAAAAUAUCGGUUCUGCUGGUGUUUCCAGACUUAUCAGAUUUUUUUUUCUCCUUUUCCUUUUGAUUUAAUCAAAUUGGAUGAUUUUUACUGCAGAUUGUGUGUUAGUUGGAUGCCUGUCUGGCUGUUGACUGUUCUUCUGUAUCUGCAUGCUGUUGGUAGGUAUCAUUCAUGCACGUGAUACGCUGAAUGCUGCAUGCUACGAAGUAUGAAACCCCAAAGAGUUACAACCUUUAAACAAUGCUCCACUCAAAGUCAUCUGUUGUUGUUCCGUCUGUCUUGAAGGAUAGCGGCCGGCUUAAAUUUAUGUUGAUUCCAAUGGGCACAGCGUUUUAAUGUUGGGAAAAGUCGUUAAACAAUGUUUUGAAGAGUAUACUCCUGAUUCGCCAUGUAUCUGUUUGCUCAGGUUAUUUCAAACUUUUUUUUUUUUUUCUAAAAUACACUGCCUCCUUCACAUGGCUCUUUACAAACCAAGUUGAUUGUAGGUCUAAUGAAACCUACAGGAAGACAGAGAGAAGCAUAUAGUUUCUCAAUGAUGGAAUUUAAAGUUGGCCAUUAGUCAUCACAGAUUAAAACCCUAACGCUGAGUUCACACCAAAUGCAAAGCAAAGUUUUCACGCUAUAAGAUUACGAACAAAGUCGAUAAAAACAUGUGACAAGACAAGAAGAUGACAAAGAUUUGCAUAGUUAUAGAGGUGAAAUUCCAUCAUUUGCGUUUCCUGCUCGAGUUGAAAUCUUUGAACUUGAAUGAAAAAUGUGUCUCACACGAAAGCCAAUCUGCAUUAAGAAUGAAAUUCGCUGGACUCACAUCCUGGCACCAACCCGAGCUAGCAGGUCAUCAAACUGGCUACUGGUGAGCCAGUGGUCAGCCUCAGGUAGUGAUGGAAAUGACAGUCAUCCAGAUGCAGUUCCUUGAGCUGUGUGCGCUUCCGUAUGGUCUUGUAGAUCCUCACAUAUAGGCGCUGGCUCAUCAGAGGUUUCCACAGGAGGUGCAACACAGAAACUGUACUGCCCUGUCACUUUAGCCAGUCCUCCUCACCACUUUUAAAGUCGAUCUUUGCACUUGAUUUGAACUCACCACUUGAAUGCAGAUUUAAGUCUAGGUUGAUCCUGAAUCUGAAAUAACACAACUGAUUGUAAAACCCUGAAAGUCCAAAUUCUCAGGCAGAUUUGUGAGCUGUGUGUGUGUGAGUGAAAAGUAAACAACAACAGUGAUUUUGCCAAAAAAUAAAAGAGAAGGCAGAAAAGACAUUUACUAAAUAUUAUGAAUUUAAAUACAUACUGAUACUUUAUUCUCCUGAAAUCCAAUCACUGGCUCUAGAGCAGUGCCCUCCACAAGCUUGAUAUAUAUAAAUACAGUAUGCCACCUGGUUCCCUUUGCCUUCUAGGGCAGCGUAGAACAGUGAAUCCAGAUCCAUAGUGAGUUGCUAGGCCAGUGGGACCAGUCGCUCUCCAGUGUCUCAUGAAUGGGGUUUUAUGUUAUAUUCUUAAUGUUGUGUUGUUGUUGAUCUGUUAAUGUUGCCAUUAGGUUCAGCUGUUUGUCCUUUUUAAUUCUCUAGAUCCUGCUCAUGUAAUUCAGGAAUGUUUUAAAACUGAUAUAUCACAUUGGAAAACUCAUAUCUGACUGAUGUAGAUAGGAACUAUUGAAACGUAAUAGUUUCUCCAUGUGUUUUUCUUUCUAAGAGUCACUCUCCUGCCGUGUUUCCUGUCGUGUAUAACCUUUUGCAUGUGCCAAACCUGAAAAAAGCCAGAACCCGUCAAUAGCAGCGUUGCACUAGCUGUAGUCAACAUGGAUGACUCUUUGUGUGAGCUUCUCCCUGUACGGCCUGAGUCCUGCCUAAGGCCACACCUGCUGUACACUCUGUUAGCCACAUAGCAUAUACACAGUACGAGCAUGAUGCCAUGAGUAUACUGUCAUGCCAGUUACAGUCAACUAGCCGUACGCUAUAUUCUGCUUCCUGUUCAAAAUAAUGUCUGAAAUUCAUUUCAGCUUGUGGAGCAUUUGAUUCAACAUCCACAGGGAAUUUCUCUGAAAUAUUACUUGUUCAUACUCAGACCUUAGUCAGCAACAGUCUCUGCCUCAUCCGAGUUGAACUCUAACCUCUUUGUUGGCAGACUUAGUCAUCUAAAAACCAUCCCUUUAAUAGAAUCAAGGCUCCUCAAGUCUUCUUACUUAAAUGUUUUCAGAUUAUCAAGUCACAGUCAAUGUGAGCAUGAAAAAACAAAAACAGAUUAAUACUCUCCCAGUGUGUGCCUUUCCCAACUUCACCUCCCUUUUAAUCCUCAUCCUCCUAACGUCUCUCUUUUACUCCAUUACUCGACUUAAUGCGUUUUCAAUACAAACGACCCUUGUUCAUUGACUCAGUUCUGCUCUGUUAGUGUUUCAGCUCACCACACGUGAAUCCUCAUGAAUGUAAAUAAAAGAAUCUUUUGAAAAAAAA